AUGAAAAGAAAUAAAAUAGGAAAGAAAAAAGGCGCAAAAAAAAAAUCGCGGAAAUCUGGCAAGAAACAAAAAAAGAAAUCUAAAAAGGCCCAACGUGUAAAACCUAAAGUAGUUAAACCAGAAUCGCCUCCACCACCACCACCACCAUCACAAGGUGAGUUCAUAUGGAUUCAUAUUGGGCAAGCUGGUGUUCAAAUUGGAUUAGCAUGUUGGGAAUUAUUUUGUCUUGAACAUGGAAUCAAUCUAGAUGGAACGGUUAGAGAAUUAACUACAAAUUCUACAUCAAUGUUUUCUUUGUCUCAAGACAACUCCUAUGUCCCUAGGGCUCUGAUUGUAGACACUGAACCUUCAGCUAUAGAUCUUUUGAAAAGUGGAAAUUCCAAAAACUUAUUUUCUUAUGAGAAUAUGAUAUCUGGAAAAGAAAGUGCAGCGAGCAACUAUGCUGCUGGUUUUUAUGGGGUUGGCAAGAAACUUUCAUCAAAAGUUAUGGAUCAACUGGCACGUUUAGCAGAAGAUUGUAAUUCAUUACAGGGUAUUGCUGUGUUUAGAUCAAUAACUGGUGGUACUGGAUCUGGGAUGGGUUCAAGGAUCAUUGAAACUAUUAAAAAUACUUAUCCCAACAAAACAAUUAUUGACUUAAAUGUUUGCUCUUCAUCAGAAUUUUCAAAUAUUAUUGUGGAACCAUAUAAUACUGCCUUGGCCACUCAUCAUGUCUUAGAUGUAGUCAAUUGUUCUUUGCUCUUUGAUAACAAGUCAAUUUAUGAUAUAUGUGGCUCUAAAUUAGAUUUGCUUAAACCAACUUAUGCAAACAUAAAUAGUAUUGUAGCACUAGUUACAUCUGGUAUUACUUCAUCACUCCGGUUUGAAGGUUCAAUGAUUGGUAACAUUUCGGAAUUGUUAACGAAGUUAAUACCUCAACACAGAUUGCAUUUUCCAUUAAUUUCAUAUGCUCCCAUCACAAAUUGUGCCAGAAGUAUAUCAUCAGCCAAUACACAAUCGGCUGUUAUGAGUUUUGAUAGUGAUUAUCAAAUGAUAAAAAUUGACCCGAAGCUGGGAAAAUAUUUGUCAAUAUGCAUGAUGUUCCGGGGGAAUUUAAAACCAACCAAUAUUAAUACAACCAUUGCUUUUCUUCAAAGAGAACAAACUAUUCCCGUAACACAUAAUAUGAACUCUCCGCUAUUUAAGUUUGGCCUAUGUAAUCUACUUCCUAUUGCAGUGCCAGGUAGUGGAAUUAUUGCAGCCUCUACAGCAACAACAAUGUUGUGUAACAAUACUAUUAUAAAACAGUAUUGGAUGAACACAAUGGACAAUUUUAAUAAACUGUUGGCCAAACGAGUAUUUUUACAUCAUUAUACUGGAGAAGGGAUGGAUGAAGCAACUUUUGAUAUAACUAAUGGAAACAUUUCAAAAUUGAUAGCAGAGUAUGAAGAAAUUGAAAGAUCAUAAUAUUGAACAAGGUUGUUUUGUUAAUACAAUUUUUGUAUAAUAUGUUGUAAAUAAUAAACUUAUUGGUCAUUCGGCGCUAAGUAAAUUUUUAAUAUGAAAUCAUUUUUAAGGUGUAAUAUUUUACAUAUUGUUAUGAGCUUGUAAACAACUUAAAUAUCUUAAAACAGGUAACACACAAUCAAAAUACCAGACAAUAGGUCAAUUUACUCUAAUACAGUAAUACUAAAGCUUAUUACACAGUUGGAUCAGUUGAACACGAAUUUGCCAUGUUGCAGAUGGGUCAGAGAGAGAAGAAAGUUAAUACUUAAUAGUGCGCUGAAAUCCAUUUGAUGUUUUGAAUGUUAAUUUAAAUUGAAUAGUUACAUUUACAAUAUGUUAAAUAUUAUAUAGUUUACACUUUAACAUAAUAACAUAUUGGCAGUAAGUGAAAAUUAUUAUGAAUUAAAUGUUUUAUAGCUCAAUAAAAGUACAAUAUUAACUUGUUUAUAAGUUCAAUCACACAUUAUGAUUGCUAGUUUUUAUGGUACCUAUCUGUAAAAUCUGACCAAAAUUUUAUAUCAUUAGAUAUAUUAAAUAAUAAAAAAUAAAAAAUAUAUAAGGUUAACAGUAUUAAUACCUAAACUUAAAUAAUAUGACAGAUGUAUCUUUCUAUGGUUCCUUAAAAUUGUAAAUAUUGAUAUGAAUUUAAGUCAUUACUCAUUGGUGAUUAAAAAAACACUGCUUGGUAUCUAAUUCUAGACUUAACAAAGUUUAGUUUAAUAAUUAUAUGAAUGUAUAUAAUAUGAUGAUAACCAAAGUUUUGUGUUAUUAUUUGUAAACAGUAAACCUUGCAGUUUUGGAAGGUCAUUAUUAUGUAUGCACU